AAUUGAAUUCAUGCAGCUCAUGUUCAGAGAAGAUUUCAUCAGUGACAGCUAUUUUGGUGGGAACCUGCAUGGAAUAAUAGCUACAGAAGAGCUUCACUUUGGUGAAGGCAUGCACCGGAAAGCCUUCCGAAGUAAAGUGAUGCAAGGCCUCGUGCCAGUGUUCAGUCCCGGCCACCCCUGUGUUCUCAAAGUGCACAACGCUAUCACGUAUGGGACCAAGAGUAAGGAUGAUCUGGUUCAAAAGAACUACAAACUAGCACUGCAGGAAUGCUACGUCCAAAAUACUGCAAGAGAGUACGCAAAGAUAUAUGCAGCUGAAGCUGAACCCUUGGAAGGCUUUGGGGAAGCUCCAGAGAUCAUUCCCAUUUUCCUUGUUCAUCGCCCUGCUAAUAACAUCCCCUAUGCGACAGUGGAAGAGGAGCUGGUUGGGGAAUUUGUGAAAUACUCUGUCAGGGAUGGCAAGGAAGUGAAUUUCCUGAGAAGAGACUCAGAGGCUGGCCAGAAGUGUUGCACCUUCCAGCACUGGGUGUAUGAGAAGACCAAUGGAAACUUGCUUGUAACGGACCUGCAAGGUGUAGGAAUGAAGUUAACUGACGUUGGCAUAGCAACACUGGCCAAAGGAUACAAAGGUUUUAAAGGCAACUGCUCAAUUUCCUUCAUUGAGCAGUUCAGAGCCCUCCACCAGUGCAAUAAAUACUGUGAGAUGCUGGGAUUGAAAUCUCUCCGAACCACUCAUCAAAAACAGAGGAAAGCAACAUCCAUGAAAAGCAAAAACCUACCAGUCUCAUCGACUAUAAAGAAAACAGUGCCCAAGAAAGCAAGAGAACCUAGAGACUUCAUUUCUUCAGAGCACUGAGUUACACUGUCCUAUCUUGUGAAGGCACCUCUCGAGAAUGUGUAGUAGUGAUAGGCACCAGUGACUUGGCAGGGGGAUAACUUUAGUCUUGCCUUAUGACAUUAUUUUGAAGUUGUCCUGGUGCUGAUGCCAGCAACAAAGAAAGGACCUGAUUCUGUGGUCUUGGUACCUGAGAUUUAUCAC